AUGCUCGCUCUCUCUGCCCCACCAGCGAUUACCGACACUAUCGAAGAACCCAUCUAUCCAUCUGUCCCUGAAGGACCCAUUCUGCGAGCCAGUCAAAUUGCUCAGACUAUACCGUCAUUUUCCCAACCAACUAGCCCGACAACAUUCACUCAAAAGGAGCUUGCAUUCAUCAUUACUACUGCGCUGUUUGGACUCGUCGUGCUUCUACUGGUUAUUGGCUCCGGCUGUUGGAUUUGGCGGCGUCGACGCAACCGACCACGGUUUGCGUUUGGCGAGGCGAGAGACUUUGACGACUCGUCUUGGGGUACAAUCAAACAUCUGGAAGCCACACCGCAACAACAGGAACCAACCUCGCCAGAUCUCAAGUACUCGCUAUCUUUAACUCUCGACCAGUCCAGUCCAGCAAGCACUGAGUUGUCCAACAUCAUGAAACAAUUCGAGCAAAGACUUCAGCGUGAAGAAAUGGACAUCGCUUGCGCACUCGAUAUCGCUUUUGGAGACGAGAGAUGCUGCGCUCCGUUCUUUGCUGGCUGUGAGGAAGAUGUGACUACUAUGCUGGCGCUUCAAGCGGGAAUGGAGAGUGUUGGAAAACGGGGUCAUGUAGUUCGGAAUCGCGCUCGGCAGGGAUCAGAUGCGUCAACAUCAACUCAAGAGACAACGCUGACACUGGAUGGUUUCCAAUGCUCCAACAACUCGUCCGUUACCACGAUGAGCACCAUCCUGAGUGACGUUGAUGAGUAUGAAGAAGAGGAGGUUGUUGUGUAUGAGGUGAAGAGGGCAAGGGCAGAGAGCAUGGAAAUGGAGAAGGGACGGCUGGUUUCUUGGGCACCGGUGACCCUGUUGGUGACUGGCGCUAGCUCAACGACGCUCGAGACAACGCCAAGUGUGGUGGAAGAUUUGAUCGACGCGUUUCCAGCGGUGCCACGUGCCAUGUGA